AUGGAGCAAAUAAAAAUUACUCCCUUAAUACUAAUUUACACAGCUGACUAUGAUCCAAGCCUGCUGGCCUUAUCCUUGUCCCAGUGUACUCACUGGGAGGUCUUAACAGUUGUGGACAAUUGUCCCAUUGCAGCUGGAAAGAAAGAGAGAAGUGUCCCCCAGCCUCUCUUCUCCCUCCACUGGUGCCGCACAGGGUGUGAGGACCGCUGCACGCAGGAGCCCGCGGUGAGGGGCUCGGGACCCCCUGCACAAGGCCUGAGGGAUCUCACUAGCGUUUCAGGCUGUAGGAAAAUGCACCGGGGACAACACGUUAGAAUUCUCUUUACUGUGACUCUGGUCUGGCAGGCCAUUCAUUUAGGAAAAGGCCGUGAAAAAGAAGAGCAUGAAAAAGAUGUGGAAAACGUCAAUGCCACCGCACAAAAGCAGCAGCCUAAAAACGAAGGGACUGUUAUAAAUACUCUGAGUGACAUGAAUCAGAGUUACGAAAGCAGAAAGCAGCAGCAUGCCAGGACGUUUGUACCUUUCACGGGGAUUACAGAGAGUAAAAAACUGAACAGGCACUGCUGCCAGAACGGCGGGACCUGCAUCCUGGGGGCUUUCUGCGCCUGCCAAAAGCAUUUCACCGGCAGAUACUGUGAAUACGACGAGCGGCAAAGCAACUGCGGCAGCGUCGCCCACGGCGCCUGGGUGCUGCGGGGCUGUCAGCUGUGCCGGUGCGGCUACGGUACCCUGCACUGUCUCUCAGACAUGACGCACGGCAACUGCGAUCUGAAAGCAGAAGAGGAGGAAAUGUCCAGACUAUAUUCUAGUGGUCUAAAAUUACAGCAAACAGCGUUUGCACUCUUUUGCCUACUCCCCUUCCUCCUGGAGCUCUGCUGCUGGCAGCUGUGAAACUGCACAAAGGGAAAUAUCUGGGUUCAUGUAACCCUCACCAUGAGUCAUAUGCAAUUUUUUUUCUCCUGUAAACUAGGUGAUGCUUCCACUUACGUGCUGGAGGCAUAUUAAGAAGUAUUGAGUUAAUGUUGAAAUGCUUGGAUUAUUAUAAACUCAGAUUAUAUGAAUGUGAAGUAUUUAUUAAUAUUUUAUUAUUUUAUUACUCCUAUUAAUGUCUGAUUCUAACAAUUCUCUAGUUUUAAAACAUUGUUCUUCCAGUGGAAGA